ACACAAUGACAGGCGUCCAAGAAAGUACCUCGGAUACCACCGACUCCCCUGACUCCCCCAGCACGACCAACAACAAGUUCAACUGGAUCAAACAGCAGGCCAGGGCGCGGAACAACCCGUUCGUGAAGCCGCGACCCUCGCUCACCAGGGAGAGUUCCACAUCCGAACUGUUCUCGAGGACCAACUCUAGCGCAGACUUCUUUCAGAGCUCGCGGCUGAAUCUGUUCGAUACAGCGCCGAAACCGGAGACGAAUGAGAGAUUUGGGAAGGGCGUAUCGUUCAUAGGAUGGCACCAGCGGUCGCGGCUGGAGCGAGUGCUGCUAGUGCUGACAGCUUUGCUGACGUUGGCAGUAUUUCUGACUACCUGCUUGCUGUUAGCAAUGCGGGGUCCCACGUACCUUCCCGUGCCACCAUGCUACCAACCUGAACCUAAAGAAAGCAGCGUCUGCCUGUCCAGCUCCUGCAUCUACACAGCCAGCGAGGUCAUCAGGUCCCUCGACGAGACCCAGGACCCCUGCGAGGACUUCUACGAGUUCGCUUGUGGGGGCUGGAUGAGAAACAACCCCAUCCCAGAGGGCAAGGCGCAGUGGGGCAUCUUUAGCAAGAUCGAGCUUCAGAAUCAGCUCAUCAUACGAUCUGCUUUAGAAAAUGUCAACAUUUCUGACAAAAACGGGGGAGAGUACAAAGCAAGAGUGUACUACGAUGCAUGCAUAGACACGAAUGAGACCAUAGAGAAACUGGCGGAGAAGCCUCUAGUGGACGUGAUCAACAAACUGGGAGGCUGGCAUUUACUUGACAAUAAUAACAAUACUUUGACCAACAGUACCAAUAAUAAUACUAUUUUAAGCAACGCUACCAAAGAUACUAUUAAGGACUUCGAUUUGCAAGAGCUUCUUCAAAAUAUACAGAAUAAGUACAAUUUGGGUGGAUUAUUUAAUUGGGCGGUAACAGAAGAUGACCGGAAUUCCUCAAAAUAUAUUAUAGUUCUUGACCAAGGCGGUCUUAACCUGCCAACGCGCGACUACUACCUAAACAAGAGUGCACACGAGAAAGUUCUCGAAGCCUACCUCAACUACAUGACCAGAGUAUGCGUCCUCCUAGGCGCGAACGAGACGAAAGCUAAAGAGCAAAUGAGUAAGGUGAUCGAAUUCGAGACAGCUCUGGCUGGGAUAACAACUCCUUCUGAAGAUAGGAGGGAUGAAGAGAGCCUGUACAACCCGUUCACGUUGAAACAGUGGCAGAAGGAAGCGAAUUUCCUGAAUUGGACAGCGUUCUUCAAUGAUGCGUUUAGAUUAGUUGGAAGAAGUAUAUCCGAAAAUGAAAGAAUCGUCGUGUACGCGCCUGAAUAUUUCCGGAACCUCACUAAAGUAAUAAAGAAUUACACAAGAUCAAAAGAAAAGAAAACGAUCCUAAAGAACUACCUCAUCUGGCAAGUGUCUCGCGCGCUCUCAACGUACUUGUCUAAAUCUUUCCGAGAUGCGACCAAAAUUCUACGCAAGGCACUGUACGGCUCUGAAGGCACGGAGGAGUCUUGGAGAUAUUGUGUAACGGACACUAAUAACGCUCUUGGAUUCGCAGUCGGCGCCAUGUUCGUCCGGGAAGUGUUCCACGGCGAAGCCAAGACGCAGGGAGAGCUGAUGAUCGACAACAUUAGGAACGCGUUCAAGAAUAACCUCAGGAACUUGGACUGGAUGGACUCCGAGACGAUGAAGGCUGCUGAGACGAAAGCUGAUGCUAUUACGGAUAUGAUAGGUUUCCCUGAUUACAUCCUUCAAAAACAGGAAUUAGACAAACAAUACGAGGAACUUACCAUCCACCCCAACGAGUACUUCCAAAACAACAUCGCCUUCAACCUGUUCAGCUUGAAAAACGACUUGAAGAAAAUGGAUCAGCCCGUCAAUAGGACCAAAUGGGGUAUGACCCCAUCAACGGUAAACGCGUACUACACUCCAACUAAGAACCAAAUAGUAUUCCCCGCCGGUAUUCUACAACUGCCUUUCUACGACGGUGACAACCCUAAGAGCGUCAACUACGGAGCUAUGGGAGUUGUCAUGGGGCACGAGUUGACGCAUGCGUUUGAUGACCAAGGCCGAGAAUAUGACAGAUUCGGGAACCUGAACCAAUGGUGGAACAAUGCUACCAUAAACCGCUUCAAGAAGAGAGCCAAGUGCAUCCAGGAACAGUACUCAAGUUAUUCGAUGGAGGGACAGCAUUUAAACGGGAAGCAGACUCUAGGUGAGAACAUAGCCGACAACGGAGGCCUGAAGGCAUCAUUCCAUGCCUACCUGGACUAUAGCAGGACGGAAGCCAAAGUGAACUUGACUCUGCCAGGACUGAAGUAUAAUCAUAGACAAUUGUUCUUCAUCUCUUUCGCACAGGUAUGGUGUUCCUCGAUGACCAAAGAAUCUACUAAAAUGCAAAUAGAAAAAGAUGACCAUACUGGCGCCAAAUACAGAGUAAUAGGCCCAAUUUCUAACCUGAAAGAGUUUUCCAAUGAGUUCAACUGUCCCAUAGGCUCUAAAAUGAAUCCGAAACAUAAAUGUGAAGUAUGGUAAUGUUGAGCGGAUUGUCUUGCUGGUUUGGCGCGUUUUGAGAGCUUCAGUGCUGCUGCGUUCCUAUAUUUAUUACGCCUGAAGAGUGUUAUUGUUAAUGCGUGUAAAAACUGUAAAAUUAAACUCGCUCAACAAAAAUAUUAGCAUUUCUAAGGCUAAGGCAGGCAGUGUUUCGCUCUUCAAUCAAAUAAU